UAGGUAUAAAGCAGUCAAGUGGCAAUCUGAAAAUUGUGUGUGAGAAUAUACUUUUCUACAUAGAUAUUUCUUUAGAAAAGAAGGUAACUUAGUAUGUUUGAAUGUUUCAGUUUUUUUCUAUCAUCGUAUUAGAAAAAUGAAACUUAGGCCUUAAUGGAUGUGCUUAGGGAAUGUGCUUUGUCCCUUUCUAGUAUAUGACAGAGCAAAUAAACAGGGUUACCUUUAUGUAGUGCCCAAAACUAAAAAUAAAAAAAGGAAGAAAAGAAAAAGAAAAGUAAAAAACUUGAUGGCAGCCAUUCCAGGCUUCUUUAUUAUUUCAUUAAAGUCUUUCUGAGAAUGUUGGUUAAGUUAAGUAAAAUGAAAAAAAAAUGCUUGAGAAUAAACUAAGCGACAAAAAGCCCAUCACCAAAGCAUUUUCCCGUGAUUUUAUUAUCAUGAUACAAUAUAUCAUAAAAGAGAACUGUGUUCAGUAUGAAAUAAUUGAUAGCUGUGUAACCCAUAGCAUCACAAGAAACACUUAGUUUUAAAAUAAUGUUCUGAAUAUUACUUUAUCUACAUACACUUAUAUUUUAUUUAAAGUCUGAUCUGUUGAAAAAGAUAAAGUUGCACUGUUUUAAAGGUAAGUAACUGCUGACUGCCAAACACUGUUAAAAUAUAUCAGAGUUAUCCUCCUGUUAAAACAGAAAGAGGAAGUAAAGGAAAUUCCCCACAGAUUGUAACUACGCAAUUAAAACUAACAAAGGAACUUGAAGAGGUUUAUAAUCAAUUUGCUGACAUCAGACCAAAACUAAGAAUGUUUCAAGCACCAGAUAAUACAUAUACUGUGUCAGAGAGACUGUCAGAGGUUCUUGCUGAUAUAGGAGUGGAUGAGAGAAUUGUAUUGAGAAGAAGAAGAACAUUUAUGCUGAGAGAAUCUAUGUAUAAUAGUGCAGUACAACUACUGGAUAAGAAUCAUACAAAGUACUAUUUAGGUAGCCAGUCAGAAGGAACAACUACACCAGGACUUGACUCAGACACUGACAUUCUUGUAUCUAUCAAUGGCAUUAUGAUAGUGCAAGACUGGAGUGAGUGGCAACCUGGUGUACUUAAUCUACUGAUGAUUCAGGAUGACACUGUAUCACCUGGUUACUGUUUGCUACAGUGUCUGAGAGACAAUGCUCCUCUUCCAUACAAUGAUGUACCUGAUGAACACUAUUUUAGAGACAGGACUGGAAGAAUACUACUAAGUAAUACAGUCAUUUCUCCACCAGCAGCAGUAGUAGAUUUUAUAGGUGUAAACAAUGGUCCAGCAUAUACAGACCCUGGACAACCGGGGACUACUGAAGUAGACAAUGUUCCUGCUUUUCACUGUAAUUCAUGGCCUCUACAAGCUAGACAAUGGUUAGACAAGCAAGGUGUAGGUCAGUGGCCUUCAGAUGAUAUGAAGAGAUACUGUAGCAACACCGGGUGUUUUGUUGUUGGAGUUGGUAGCAAGGGCAGUGAAAAUGAAGAGCUUGAAUGGAGAAUAUCAACAUCUUUCGCAGAAAGGUGUUUAAUGUUUAGUCUCAAUAUCACACAGAUUCGGUGCUACGUGUUGAUGAAGAUGAUAUUAAAAACUUACAUCAAGCCUCUCUAUGAAGGUACCAUUACCAGUUUCAUGUGUAAAACAGUUAUGUUCAAACUAAUUGCAAAUACACAUUCUAAUUUCUGGAGAGAAAAUAACUUACUGGUUUGUCUAUCAUUUUGUUUAUUUGCCCUAUACAACAGUGUGUUGAAUGAAAACUGUCCACAUUUCAUUAUACCAGGUAACAACUUGAUGGCAGGACAUAUUGCUCAAGAAUCUAAACCUCACAUUCUUGAAAUACUGCAGUAUAUCAUAAACAGUGAAGGAACGGCAUUACUGAGGAUCGAGUGUGAUGCUCUUGGUGCUAGGCUUCAGCUGAAGUUGAAUAACUUAUCCUUAUUCAGUAAAAGAUGCUUUACUUCAGGAUUCUUAUUAAAUACAACUGCGCAGAUUAUUAAUGAUAGUAUAAGUGAAUGUCUACGUUGUAUUAGCAACAGCAGUAAUGAAGUAGCUAUACAAACAUUGCUGAAGUAUAUUUUCAAACUUGUUAUUAUUUCUAACCAAUGUCAAGGAUUGGAGAAAAGAGUUUGUAGACUUCUUGCACCCUGUUUCUGUACAACACUGGGAUCUACCCUGGCAUCCCUAAACAUUCAACAGUACAGCGGUAUAUCAGUAGAAGCUCUUACCUGGAUCACACUGGGUCUGAACACAGAUGUUUCAUCUAGUAAACUGAAGCUAGCAUCCAUGUUUUACUGUAUAGGGGAUAGUAACAGAACAGAACUUGUGCUCAGAGAUAUUGAAGGAAGCUAUAACCAAAACAUUGUCGAGCCUAUCUGUAAUUGUCAUUAUUACAUCAAACAAGCUUAUAGAAGAGGAUUCAAUGCAAUAUCUGACAAUCAUAAUGAAGAAGCUGUACAAUAUGCUACAGCAUUCUGUGUCAGAUUUCUGCCCUGUGAAACUAACUGCAUUCCAACUGAGCUACAGUACGAAAUGUUCAGAUCUACAGAAGAGGACCUUGCUUUCAGAAGUAGAAUAGACUACUGGAUGGACUGGGCGGUGAUGGACUCUCUCCCUUACCUGUUCUUUCUACAAUACAAGACCUACAGCUAUCUUGGAAGACAAGAUGACAAGGAAAGAGCACUUUCCAAACUUAUCAAGACCAUUGAACAGGAACCAAACCUUGGUCAUAGGGAAACAGCCCUAAAUCUACUUGGACAGUGUAUGGAACAAGAGGACCGACCAACUGAUGCUUUACGUUGUUAUUCUUUAUCCUUAAAACUAAGGGGAAGAAACAAUGUUGCCAAGAUCCAUAUAUGUAGACUUCUAUCUACUAUAGUAAAUCACCGGGCAGGAACAAUGUUUUGAAAGAUAGUGUCAACUGAGUGCAAACACUUAAAAUAACAAAUAUUUUUUCCGAAACUGACUUCUUCUCAUUAAUGGAUUCAGAAUAUUGAUUUACAUGCCCUGUAAAGUAAGCAUGGUCACUUUCAAUUAUAUUUUGAUGAUUUUGUAGAAACUGGAAAACAAGAUGUAAAUUCUUUGUAUCAAAGCAAUCUAAUGUAAAUUACAUUAAUUUUGUGCUUUGUCUUAAAAGUAUAUUUUUUUAAGGUAAAGACAAAGAUAAAUAUUAUUUCCCAUCGCUUUAUGAAACAAUUUAGAUAAACUCUGUAGAACUUUUUAGCGACCCUAUUCUAAGUACCAUUUAUACCUUACCCCCAGCAAUUUGCUGGUAUCCAUUUACGAGCCCACCUGCUUAGCUCAGUUGGGAGAGCAUUUGUCUAUGGAUUGCGGGGUCACCGGUUUGAUCCCCGGGAUGGGUGUAUUUCUCCGUGAAGAUUUGAUAAAAGACAUUGUGUCUGAAAUCAUUUGUCCUCCACCUCUAAUAAUUCAUGUGGGGAAGUUGGUAGUUAUUUGCGGAGAAAAUGUUUGUAUUGGUACAGAAUCCAGUUACACUGGGAUAGGUUAACUGCCCGUCGUUACAUGACUGAAGUACUGUUGAAAAAAUGAUGUUAAAUCCAAAACAAACAAAGGUCAGCUGAGGCAAUCAUAAUAAUGCGUCAUGCCCAAGGACACACUGCAGUGAGAGUAGCCAGGCUUCGGGCAUUCACCUCCUCAGGAAAGCAUCUUAGCCCUCUCGACCAAUGCGUCCACUGAUGCAUUAUAUUAUUCUAAUGUUAUCACUUAGUAAGAAUUUAUAACAUUAUUCUGCAAAUAAUAGAAUGAAAUGGAACUGAA